AUGGCUGUGGCCUGGAAGCAGCGCGGCCUGCCUGCUGGGCUUUCCGUGCUGGAGCUCUGCCCGCGGCCCAACCUCUGUGGGUUCGGGGACGUGUGCACCAAGGCGCGUUCAGAGCAAGAGCUGCAAGAGUGGACCCACACCGGGACCGAGGCGCUGAGGGAGCCCACAGCCUGGCGGGAGGGGCGGGUGCCUCACCAGGCCCCGCCGCUGGCCGAAUGCCAGCAGAGCCGCAGUGAGGUCCUGGUGCUGGCUGAAACCGCUGAAGGCGUAUCUAUGGGCUGCAACCAGCCCCUGGCGCAUCAGGCCCGGGAGAAGCAAACUCGGCACCCCCGGACCUCUACCGUGCACUCUGAGGCACCCCUGCUACACGUGGCCCUGCUCAAGCAGGCGCCAGGAGCAGACUUCUCACUGGAGGCCCCCAGCCCCUCUCCGGGCCAGGUCUUCGUGCUGGGGAAGUGCUUCGGCACGCCUGGCUCCCCGGCCCAGUUCCGUGUUGGGGUGCGUGUGCAGGGGUCCAGGGCUCAGUGUCCUGGAAAGGCCAGCCUGGGGCGCCCCCUAGAAAAGGAAGCAGGAGCUGGGGGGGGGCAGGGACUUGUGGGUGGGCUGGGCUGA